UGCAGCUUCAAACACUGUCCUAUCUAUAUUGCCAGCAAUCUUAUCCUUCAAGUAGGUGAAAAAAAGAAGGGGAAGAUUAAGAGCGAUUAGGAUCCCAAAUCGUUUAAUUAUAGUGGCCCAUUAUAAGUUUAAUUACAAACAGUGGAUGAAUAAUCAAUAGGAACUUUUGCCGGAAAGCAGUGACAAAUUCCAUCUUGACGUGCUUUAUGCGUGGCCCAGUAACAAAAAGCCCCCAAACAAAGGGAAAUUUGGUCCAAUACCCUUUUUUAAAAGGAUGUUAGGAUAUUUGCCCAUCUCAUCUCAAAUGUUUUUGUUUUCCCUUUAAUUUUUCAAUAUUCCUAGAUCACCCUUUUCAAAUAUAAAGGAAAAGGGAAAAAAAAAUUAAUGACACGUAUUCCAUUUUUUCUCUAACCUGAACGAAGCAUGAAGAAAAGAGGAAGAGAAAGUGAGUGAGAAUCAGGUCGUUGCUAUCGAUCGAAGGUAGAGAGAGGUUAACACCAUCUGAAUCGAAGAUGGAGAGAAGCCACCUCAAGUCGCCGAUUGAGGAUUCAAAAAGGUUCGCGACUUUGUGAAAAUCGGCAAUGGUUGUGAUGGCGAAAACUUGACGGAGAACACCAUUGUGUUUCGCUUAUGGACCAAAGUGAGGGCACGAUCGAAAUUCCAACACAAAAGAAGCAUUUCGGAGCUACAUUGUCCCCAGGGCAUGGAAAUAGGAGAAACUGUGAUUUGAAGCUCAAUCCAAUGGGAUUCCUUAUAAAAGGAGGUUUGGUUAGUUAUCAUCCGAUGAUUGUUGCUUGCCACUGUGAGGGUAAAGGAUGGAAAUUUUGGGGUAAUACCAAUUUGAAGAGUAAAUUUUGGGGUCACUCAAUUCAACUUGAUCAUGUUGUUCUUUUAACGGUGGAAUUUGACGACAGAGAAAUUUUUCAGUGGAGUAAGGCUACAAGAUCAAUUAACAACCUUAUAUUGGGAAAGCUCUAUUGUGACCACUAUGGUACAAUGCGUAUACAGGGGAAUCAUGACUAUUCUUCCAAGCUGAAAUUCAAGGAGCAAUUUAUCAUUGACCAAAAUCCUCACCAAGUACAUGGUUUAGUUUAAGAUAGAAAUGGAAAAACGAUAGCAACCCUAUUUGGAAAAUGGGAUGAGAGCAUGCAUUAUAUGAAUGGAAAUUGUUAUGGGAAGGGAAAAGGAUUGGAGUCUUGACCUGAUGCCCAGUUGCUCUAGAACAGGAGCAAGCCACCCCAGUUUCCUACAAGUUAUAACUUGACACGCUUUACCAUCACCAUGAAUGAACUCACCCCUGGAUUAAAGUUGCAGGAAAAGUUGUCCCCUACAGAUUCAAGGCUCAAGCCUGAUCAAAGGUAUCUAGACAUUGAUUGCUACAACUUUUUAUCCCUCGUUACAGCUUAAGAGUUAGUUAGCUUCAAGGAAACCAGAAAAGAAUCGAGCUCUACAAAGCGGUGCUUCUUCUUAAAUAGCCAAUGUACGAAUUUAGAGUCUUAAUUCAAGUUGUUAAAAAGAGAAGGAUGGAGAAGAGAGGCAAAUGAACUGGGGGAAUCUUACUUUGGGGUUUAGGAGAUUAUGCAUUGGGGGCAAAUGAACUGCGGGAAUCUUACUUUGGGGUUUAGGAGAUUAUGCAUUGGGUUUACUCCUAAAAAACCACUUCCAGAAUUCCCGCCUUUAAUUAAUUUUUAAUGACAAAGUGGAAGACACGUGGAUGACUCUUUGCGAUUGUGGUUUAUGUUUAUGUUGAGCCUACGUUGAGUAGACUUAUACCAAUGAUUAUUAUAAUUUAUAAUUAACUACA